AUGGUGCAGUUCGCUGAUACUGUUGAUCGCCCGCACUCUUCGUGGGCAGCUUCGAACGGUAUCGUGUUGGCAACGUCCAAGAAGCCUCCGUCGCCUCUAGUCGAUGAUUCCAUGUUGGAAAAGGCGAGUCCUAUCGGACCAUCUUGUACAGGAUGCCGAUUCCUUGCAAGAUCUCACGCUUAUGAUUACCCAUAACAUGUCCUACUAUGUUACCUAUGCCGCUUCCAUCCUUCCCGCCGCCGGUUCCAUCGACGUGCAUAAUGCCAAUGCUACACGACUGCUGGCCGGCCGACGUCUACAGGUGUCUCUCGUCUGCCCCAACAUCGGUCUUGUCUACUCAGGGAUGGGACCCGACUUCCGAGUGCUCGUGGCCAAAGCGCGCAAGUCGGCGCAGUCGUACUGGAAGAUCUACGGCGAGUAUCCGUCGACGAGGGUCAUGGUCGGCGAAAUCGCGAGUGUGAUGCAAGAUGCGACACAAUCAGGGUCAGUUUACAUCGAUACAAACUGUCGCCCAUUGGUACGCCACAAAGGACCUGACACCCCGGAUGAUGCCUUACAGCGGUGUGCGACCGUACGGCGUAUCUUUGCUCGUGGCCGGCUACGAUAAAGCCAAGGGCCACACACUCUACCAGGUCGACCCAUCAGGUGCAUUCUGGGCAUGGAAGGCGAGCGCGAUCGGAAAAAACCAAGUUAACGCUAAAACAUUCUUAGAAAAACGGUCAGUCGCUCGAUCACGCCGUCCUUCCUCGAAAAUGGCUUUGCUGAUAUCUUCCUGCUCGUCGGUUCCCGCAGCUACAACGAUGAUCUUUCACUCGAGGACGCCAUUCACACAGCCCUCUUGACGCUGAAGGAAGGAUUCGAAGGUGUCAUGACGGAGAAGACGAUUGAGCUGGGUAUCAUCUCCACUGCCGGGUUUGAGGGCGCUCAGCAUGUGCUCGGAGCACACGGAACGGGUUCGACCGACAGCCCUUGCUUCAGGAAGCUGACGGAGCAGGAGGUGGCAGAGUGA